CAGUUCUGCACUCACUAUUAGCCUCAACCACCACGCGUAUUAUCAAAUUGAGGGGAAAAAAAUCACAGUGUCACCUCUCUCUCUCUCUCUGGUUAUGUCAUUUUUUUAUUCUAAUUGUACAAUGAUCGAAGUCAUACCUGGCUCAUCAAUUUCACUACCAACCAUUCGUCCUACGAAAUCAAGGACCUGGGCCCCCAACGAAUCACAAGAAAGUCAAGUGACCCCACCGCAUUCAUAUAUAAUGAUCCCCACCUUUCUGUUUAUAUGCUCCUGUGAACGUAUAAGCAAACUCAGGUAACAUAACCGAGAAGAGAGAGACAGAGAGGAUGGCAGAUGAGGAGGGAGUUUCACUGGAAGAAACUCCAACAUGGGCUGUGGCAACUGUUUGUUUUGUGUUGAUACUAAUUUCCAUUCUUAUUGAGCAUUUGCUUCAUCUUCUAGGCAAGCACUUCCAAAAGAAAAGGAGGAAAUCACUCAUUCAGGCUCUUGACAAGAUCAAAUCAGAGUUGAUGCUGUUGGGUUUCAUUUCGUUGUUGUUAACUGUAGGCGAAAAGCACAUUGCAAACAUCUGUAUUCCAAAGAGUGCAGCCAAAACCUUUCUUCCUUGCGAAAGCUUGUCCUCCAGUGAUACUGAGGAGAGUACCAGAUGUCAACAGCAGGGAAAGGUUUCUUUGUUGUCUAGAGAAGGAGUGAGGCAACUCCAGUACCUCAUCUUUGUGUUGGCUUCCUUCCAUUGUUUGUCAUGCAUUCUUACAUUCAGCUUAGGAAUGGCUAAGAUGAGGAGGUGGGAGUCCUGGGAGGCAGAGACAAGAACAUUUGAAUAUCAAUUUUCAAAUGAUCCAAGAAGGUUCCAGCUGACCCAUCAAACAACAUUUGGAAGACGACAUCUAAGAUUUUGGACUGAGCAGCCAUUUCUUCGUUGGCCGGCAUGUUUUCUCCGACAAUUUUUCAAUUCAGCGUCCAAAGUGGACUAUUUAACUCUUAGACAUGGAUUCAUCAUGGCACAUUUUGAAGAAGGAAUCAACUUUGACUUCCAAAAAUUUAUCGAAAGAGCUUUAGAAAAAGAUUUUGGAGUGGUGGUGGGAAUAAGCUUCUGGAUUUGGCUCUUCUCCAUGUUUUUCAUCUUCUUUAAUGCUGAAGUCUUCAACAAUUACUUGUGGCUUCCGUUUAUUCCACUAGUGAUGUUAUUGCUGGUGGGAACAAAACUACAAAGCAUCAUAACCAAGAUGUUCCUGGAUAGCCACGACAAAUCUCCUGUUGUUAGAGGAACAUUUCUUGUCAGGCCCAGUGACCAUUUAUUCUGGUUUGGCUGGCCUAAACUGCUUCUCCACCUUAUCCACUUCAUAUUGUUCCAGAACUCAUUCCAACUGGCGUUCUUUGCAUGGACUUGGUACAAGUUCGGUUUUAGGUCAUGCUUCCACAAAAAGACUGAGGAUAUUGUCAUAAGACUUGUCAUGGGGUUUUUAGUGCAAGUUCUGUGUGGCUAUGUGACACUUCCUCUGUAUGCUUUGGUAACCCAGAUGGGUACGUCAAUGAACAAAGCUGUCUUCACAGAGAAUGUGACGAAAGGCCUCAAGAGAUGGCGCGUCAAGGCAAGGAAAAACCUAGCACACAAGAACAACUACUCACCAUCACGCCUCUCCCUCGAUGCUUCACUUUCCCUGGACACUUCAACUUCUUUUAGCAUUGAUGCAUCACCUUCUUUCAGUCUUGAUGCUUCAUAUUCUGUGAAAUUUGAUAGGCCAAUGGAAGAUGAAGCUGUUGUAGCUAUUGACAUCGCAGAACAAGAUCGAAGUCAUGAGGGAACAGCAGAUGAGCAUGAAAAGGUGAAUUCAUUCGAUGGAUUCGAUACCAACAAAAUGACGUAAAAUUUCUUUGUUGAUAAUAGAUUGAGAUGCCCACAUUGUUUUUGUUAUUAUUUAAUGUGAGCUGAUUGAUUUUAUGUAUAGCUGGUACAAUAUUAGUUAAUAGUUACUUUAUUUAUUUUGUAUAUAUGAAUUCCAUAGAUUAUGUAGAAGAAAUUUUGGAUCUUAAUGGGCCUUAGCUGAGGCUUUAUACACCUGUCAAAAUGGGCCAUGUCAAUCUCACACCGACUGGCAGCGGUUUUUUUUAGAUUCUGUAGAUAAAAAUUGUUUGUAGUUAGAAUCGAACCUUGGAUAGCGAAUUUUGUUGUUGGAAUCGAACUUUUGACAAUGGGUUAUU